UACGUCUGUCUGUGGUCAUCUUCUUCUCUAGGAGGUCGUACAUAGUCUGCGCGGAGUAUUGGAUAGCGACACUUCGUUGCGAGCGAACAUCCAUACAGGAGGACCAAGAUGGUCCUCGAGUCGGUUCUCCAGACGUUUCUCAACCGAUUUCUCGCCCCUUAUGUCGAGAAUCUUAACACCAGCCAGAUGAACUUUGGCAUCUGGUCGGGCGAGGUCAAGUUGCGUAACCUCAAGCUCAAGCGGGAGGCCUUGGAUAAGUUCCGAUUACCUGUAGACGUUGUCGAAGGGUAUUUGGGAGAAUUUAGAUUGUCGGUGCCUUGGAAUAAUCUGCGAGGAAAACCGGUUGCGGUGGCUAUCGAGAAUGUGUACCUGAUUGCUGUCCCUGCUGCAGAGUCCAAGGUCGACCCUGAAAAGGAUGAGCGAAGAGAGCAAGCUGCGAAGCAAGAGAAGCUAGAGAAUGCAGAACUGUUAAGGCUUAGGAGUGGCGAGGAGGAGCUGUCCCCCGAGGACGAGGCGAAGAACCAGACGUUCAUCUCUCAGCUUUCAACACGCAUCUUGAACAACCUCCAGAUUACGGUCAAGAAUGUGCAUAUACGAUAUGAGGACAAGCUGUCUGUGCCAGCGCACCCAUUUGCAGCGGGUAUCACCCUUGCUGGUUUUUUAGCUGUUUCUACGAACGAGAACUGGAUGGAGACGUUCAUCGAAGGCUCGUUUGGGGCGAUCCACAAGCUGUCCAAGCUCGAGAGCUUGGCGAUCUAUUUUGAUACGGAUAUGACGAGCAUGCUGGGCAAAGGACCGGAAAAGCUAGACGAGAUGAUCGCGAGACAGGGACAGACACCGGAUCAUCAGUAUGUGUUGAAGCCGGUAACGGGAGAGGCGAAGUUGGUGAUGUCACAUCGGCCCUCGGCUGAGGAGCCACGUAUUGACGCGACCGUGCUGUUUGAGGAGAUUGGCCUCAACUUGGACGACAAGCAGUGGCGUGACGUGCUCUCUGUUGGCGAGCUUUUCCACUUCUAUACACGGCAGUAUCAGUACCGCAAGUACCGACCAUUGCAGGACGAAUUUGACGAGAGUAAGAGCCGUGCUAUGUGGAAAUUCGCGCAGACGUCGAUCUUGGCUGAGGUGCAUGACAAACAAUAUCAAUGGACGUGGGAAUUUUUCAAGAAUAGGAGAGACGAAAGGCAUAAGUAUGUUGAUCUGUUCAAGAAGAAGUGCACGCAGCCCUCGUUCGUAGCUCCUGAACUCGAUGACUUCAACGCCCUGGAGAAAAAGUUGUCCUACGAGGACAUCCGAUUUUACCGCUCCAUCGCUCGUUCUCAGUUGCGGAAAGAGCGAGCCGAGAUGAAAGCUAAGGAAGAAGAGGAAAAAGCUGCAGCACCUCCAGAACCGGCUCAGCCCGCGUCCGCGGCGUCUGGAGGGUGGUUUGGCUGGAUGUGGGGCACGACUGCCGCGACAACCACCGCUGCUGAAGAGGAAGAACCCUCCGCGACUCUGGACGAUGAGCAGCGCAAGGAGCUUUACGAUGCGAUCGAGUACUCGGACAAGGACGUCAUCGCCCAAAGCAUCGACCUUCCGCGGGAUGUCAUGAAGAUGCGCGUGUCUGCGCGUUUGACGCGGGGAACUUUCGCCCUCCGGCGAGCUGGUAGUGACAUAAUAUCCCUCGUGUUCGACUCGUUGAGUUCGGAUCUCAUCCAGCGACCGGAGAAUAUGGAAUUUGUUCUCGCGCUCGGGGGUCUAUCUGUGUAUGACUCAACGUUGUCGAACUCCGUCUAUCCCCAGAUUGUACGCGUCAAGGAGCAACAACGCAAAGCGAUCGAUUCGAAAGAGCAGGAAGAAGCUGGUAACCAACUGAGCAAGGUUACAGAUACAGAAGACCCCUUCUUCUUCGCCAAGUUUGAGCAAAACCCGCUUGACGAGAGGGCGGAUAGCGCACUCACCGUCAGGAUGCGGUAUAUGGAGAUCAUUUACCAUCGGGGCUAUGUGGAGGCGAUAUUUGAAUUUUUCCGACCACCACCGAGUCAAUUGGAGACAAUCGGUGCCCUGAUCGACGUCGCCAGUACCACUCUCGAAGGCUUGCAGAAGGAGACACGAGCUGGAUUAGAAUAUGCCCUCAAGCAGCAUAAAACACUUGAUAUCCGUAUGGACAUGAAUGCCCCUAUCAUCAUCAUACCCGAAGACGUCACGGCUAAACAAUGUGCACAUAUGAUUUUGGAUGCUGGCCACAUUGCGAUCCAAAGCGAUCUCGUAGAAAAGAGCAAGCUAGCAGAAAUUGACGCGAAACGUUCCCAGCAAUACAGCGAAGAAGACUAUAAACAGCUGGAGUCCCUCAUGUACGAUCGUUUCUUCUUGAAGCUCCAAUCCGCCCAGCUCCUGAUCGGCCCCGAUCUAUCCUCGUGCAUGUCGGCACUCUCAGAGCAUGGUGAGGGAGAGGUCGAGCUCCAUGUAGUGGAGCGAAUCAACAUCGAUUUCUCCGUUCAGAACUGCAUUUUACCCGACGCACCAUUCUUGACUCGGUUCAAGGUGGCUGGUCAACUUCCAGAGCUGAAAGUCAAUGUAUCCAACACGAAAUACCAGCGGCUCAUGCGAUUCCUGGACAUUGCUAUUCCUAGAUUUGGAGGCGGCCAACAAGCGAUUCAACCACAACGGCCACCCAUCAGACCUGUCAAAAUCGAAAGACCCGCAGCAGUAUCUGGUAUCUUCACGAAGCCAGACGAAUUAGAUUAUAUCGUCGACGAUUCCGCAACAGAGUCCACGGAGAGUCCGGACAAUGGCGACAAGUUCUUCGAAGCCGAAGGGCCAGAUCCAGAAAGAGAACUGCAGAUAAAACAACAUUUAUUCGAGUUUUCUUUCAAGGUCGGCAAACUCCAAACCUCCUUGUUCAAGGCGCUGCCAGGCCAACGGGACAAGCUUAUCGCGGACGCUGUAUUGGAAGGAUUUGAUCUGGGAUUUGCCCAAACAAAGUGGAGUAUGCUGGUCGACAUUGUACUGCACUCCGUCUCAAUGAAGAUGAUGGAGACGGGGGCAGAACCAUUGCAGCUCGUUACCUCACAAUCCAAUAACGAACGAUCGCCUAGCGAGCUCAUGCGGAUCAAGUACACUCGUGUGCAAAAAGAUUCACCAGAAUACAUGACCGUAUAUGAAGGUGUCGAUCAGACGAUAGGGGUUGAGUUGUCGACAUUCAACUUCGCCGUACAACCGGAACCCAUCCUCACUAUGUACGAUUUCCUGAUGACAACCUUUGUCCCGUCCAAAGCCACCACCAGACCAGCGUCGCUGCUCAGCGAAAUCCCAUCCGACGUUAUGGACAUGGAUGAAGAUUUAAGCGAUGUAGCACCUGUCGUACCAGCUCCCCCGCCGCCUCCUGAACCCCAGCCUGAGGUUGCUAAUCCAGGCAAAAUCAAAAUUCGCGUCAAGUUGACGAGCGUUGACCUGGCCCUGAUCAAUAGUGCUACUUCUCCGAUUGCGACCCUCUCUUUGUCCGCCGCCGAUGUAGCUCUUUUCGUGGGUGGUAGUGGGAUAAGGAUAGGGGCGCGAUUGGGGAACUUGUCCAUCACUGACGAUACUGACUUCGUCACCGUGUCUCCAUCUUUCAAGCAGCUACUAUCGAUUGAAGGUGAUAAUUUUGCCGAUUUCAGCUACGAAACGUUCAAUCCGACGGAUAAAGAAACUUUCCCCGGGUACAAUUCUGCCGUCCGGCUAAGGGCAGGAUCAUUGAAGUUCAUCUGUGUCGUCAAUCCGUUGAAUAGGAUUUACCGAUUCCUCAUCAAAUUUGCCCGGUUGAAGGCACUCUACGAUUCUGCAACUCAGGCAGCUGUUCAACGAGCCUCCGAGAUCCAACGCAUGAAGUUUGAUGUUGUCAUACAAACUCCAAUCUUGGUGCUACCGAGUGACGCAAGCCAGUCGUCAAAUUCUCUGAUUGUCAAGCUCGGAGAAAUCAUUGCAAAUAAUACAUUUGGCACAGACAUAUCUUCGAUCAAUGCCGGCGUAUUUGGCAUCAAAGUCCUGUCACAGUUGCAUGACUAUCCUGAAGAUAAACAGUUGGAAAUCAUCCAGGGCGUAGACUUAUCUGCGGACGCGGAGCAAGUGGAAAAUCCAAAUCACGACCUUGAUGUGAAGCGCCCCGAUACGAAGGUCACGUUGAAGAUAUCUGACGUCAAGGUCAACUUAACUCAGAAUCAAUACUUGGUCCACAUGUCCAUUUUGCAAGAUCUGCCACAAGUGUUUGACACGGAAGAGGACGUCGAUGAUCGCCUGAUUACAGCAUCACAGUCCCUUGGAAGUUCUCUGGGCAAUGUCUCGCCGCAUGCAGAAGCAGAAGAACCUCAACAACUCCUCAUUGACCUUGGUCCCGAGCUCGGCUCAGUGGGGAGGAGUGAAGGAAACGGCAUUGUCCGUCUGUGGACGAAAUUAGCAGUAUCACUUGAUCUAGCAGCUGUCACUUUGCAGCUAUACGAUCGCAAGGCGACAAGGAAAGAGGAGCUGCAAAGUAGCGGUAUCGCCAGUUUUUCCAUGAAUGGCACAUCCUGCCGGCUGAAGAUGAUGUCGGACGGCUCGAUUGAAUCUGAAGUGGUCCUGACCUCGCUGGUGAUGACAAAUUUGCGAGCGGGUUCAACUCGAUUCAGGGAGAUGAUCCCCGCCGCCAAGCACAACGGACGGCAAGUAAUGCUCCACUAUACGAGAGCUAGUGGGAUCAAGCCUGUAUCAAUGGCCAUCAUUACUGUGGACAGCCCUCAAAUCAUAUUUGCAGUAGAUCCCGUCUUUGCACUCCUCGACUUCUUUUCGAGCCCAAGCAGGCCAUCAGGAUCACACAGUCUCCCGGACGACCAGACUAUUGGUCCUGAAGCAGGCACAGAAUCUCCGUCCGCAGGGGUUGGUGAACUGUCCUUCAGGCUCAACAUUGUCAAUGCUGCCAUCAUCGUGUUAGACAGCGACAGCGAUCCGUCUACGCAGUCAAUACAACUGUCUAUCAAGGAGAUUAUGGUCUCAAAACAGGCGAUCCUUGCCCUGAACAUGCAACGUCUGGGCAUGUCACUUGGACGCAUGGAUAAGGCCUCGGAGCGAGUGCGAUUCUUGGACGACAUCGAUGUCACCUUAACCAUGGAUUCACGAGCUGCAGAAGGACGACAAAUGACCAGCAUUGAAACCACCAUUCAGCCGAUCAUAUUCCGUGCAUCGUACCGUGACAUCAAUCUGAUCACCUCCAUAUUCACCAGAGCGAUGGAGCUUCAAGACAAAUCCGAGGCCGAAAAAGCAGAAAAACAGCGAAGCGCAUCAAGAUCCGGAUAUAUCAGUACGACUCAAAGGAGAUCGUCUCAAGCAAUUGGCACCCGGAGGUCCCACAAGGCAAAUGCGUCCAAAUCAUCACGCCACUCUGUUUCGAGGCGCCCGCAGGUGUUACUAGCGAAAGAACAGUUGAAAGCUACUUUUGACGGUUUCCAACUUGUGCUUAUCGGAGAUAUACAUGAACUCCCUCUGCUUCACAUGGAUACCAAAUCAUUUGUAUUUACUGCUCAAGACUGGUCCGGUGAUUUGAAAGCACUGGGCACAAUUUCGACCAGCACUCGCUAUUAUAAUCUGGCCAAUUCGCACUGGGAACCGUUGCUAGAGCCAUGGUCAUUCUCCAUCAAGGCGACGAAAGGCGACGAGGCCGCGGGAAUGGUCCUUUCUUUACUGUCCAAAGAACGCCUAGAAGUUAAUCUUACCGCUGCGUUCAUUGAGACGGGAUUCAGCGAGGUGGCUGCUAUAAACAAGGAAGGUGAUCGUCUGUCCAAGCGAAGUCGUGGAAGUGAUGCGCCUUACUUUGUCCGCAAUCGGACUGGUUACCGCCUUCACGUAUGGUCAGAUUCUGUUGGCCGCAAUCAAAAUCCAUCGGAGGCCGUUACUAUUGAAGAUGGACAAGACAAGCCUUGGCGAUUUGAGGACUGGCGGACUCUGCGAGAGCAUGUCUCGGAUACAAAGCGCAACUCUUUUGCUGUCCAGUUCGAAGAUCGACCUUGGGAGACACUUCGUCACAUAUCGGUCGACUCUGAGGGCCAAACUAGCUAUGUGCUCAAGCCCAAACUCCAUCAGGUCUCACAUCGGCUUUUAUGCGAAGUCGUCGUCCAAGACAACGUGAAGGUCGUGAUCUUCCGCUCGACCUACAAAGUACAGAAUUACACGCAGCUACCCGUUGAGCUAAUCAUCAUUGAUGGGAACGGAAAACCAGCUUCUGCGGUCUUCAAGAUUCCACCUGGAGAAAGCUGUUGCUUGCCCAUCGAGGCGGCUGUGCACAAUCGCAUUCGCUUGAGACCGGAUCCGGGUUUCGAGUAUUCGUGGUCGUCCGAGAGCUUUUACUGGCAAGAUCUGAUGAAACGCAAUGCGCGAUCAAUUGUGUGCCGUGCUCAAAAUACGUCUGACGCACCUUUCCGCUUCCAGGCCUUCGUUUCUUUUGACAAGAGCGACCCAGUAACCAGAGUAUACCCUAAAAUGACGCUGACACUGCGAGCUCCGGUAGAAUUGGAGAAUCUUCUGCCGUUUGACCUGAAGUACCGAGUGUUCGAUAAGAACACCAGUCAAAAUUGGAGCAGUUUCCUCCGACAUGGCGGCAUCAGUCCGGUCCAUGUCGUAGAGCUCAGCCACCUGCUUCUGUUGAGCAUCGAUAUUCAGGAUGCAGGAGUCAAACCAAGCGAAUUUGCCAUCAUCAAUACGGAUACAGAGGACUUCAGCAUAGAAAACCUCUUGCCGGUCACCGAUCAGCAGAACACGAGGCGGGAUGUAUACAUCCAUUAUUAUCGAUAUCCCGACUCUGGGGGGGCAUUCAAAGUACAGAUUUACAGCCCUUACAUCCUCCUCAACAAGACUGGGUUACCUAUCCAGUUACGUUCUCGAGGCUUCCUCGGUGCUGUCCGUGACGUCGGGCAACUCGUACCACCCGCUGCUGUCGGUCAAGAUGCCUCACCGUUCAUGUUCUCGCAGGGUACAGAUGAUCGACGCAACCGUUGUUUGCUGAAGAUUGCCGAUUCUGAUUGGUCCAGGCCGCUAAGCUUUGAAGCUGUCAAAGCUGACACAGAGGUCGUCAUUCCCUCCAUUUCCGGAAACGAUGAGACACAUAUCGGAUUGUCAUACUCAGAAGGGCUUGGCAAGUACAAGCUCACGAAAGUCAUUACUGUAGCGCCACGGUUCUUGAUCCGGAAUAAUCUGUCCAUGCAGAUCAACUUCCGUGAACAUCGAUCUUAUGAAUGCGUCUCAGUCCAACCUGGCCAGCGAGCUGCUUUAACGUCACUGAAAGCCGCGACCAACUACAAGUUAGUCACAUUUGCCUACAGUGGCUUGAAUGCCGAAUGGUCAGCCCCUAUCAACAUUCAAGAUAUCGGCAAGGUGCACUUCCGCCUCACUCCACCGGAUCAAGUCAUGAGACGACACCUUAUUCGCGCUGACGUUUUGCUCGACGGUUCGACGAUAUUCAUAAUCCUCAAUCGAGAAACAGGUGUUUGGCCCUUCGCUAUCGAGAAUAACAGCGAUUAUUCAGUCACAUAUUGCCAAGUGGAUGGUGUGCGAACAGGUAUCGAUGGAGAAACUCGGGUAGGAACAACGCGCAACUCGUAUGAAGUGAGACCGCACUCGCGGGAGCAAUAUGCUUGGGAUCAACCUGCUGCGCGAGACAAGUUCAUAAAGCUGCUCAUCAACGGCAAGGAUCGCAAUAUUGACAUCAUGGAAAUGGGCGCGCUACCUCCAUUCAAAUUUCCGAUUUCCGAUCGAGCCUCUGGGGCGGUCUCGUUGGACAUACGAGCGGAUGGUCCGACACAGACCCUAGUAAUUUCGAAUUAUGAGGAAGAAUACAGUCUGUACAAGCCGAAGAGGCAGAAUUCGAGCUCCAGCACGUUGUCUUCCCGCGACGCAGGGUUUGAAGCCGUCGAAGAGGAGGCCGUUGUUGCGUUUACAAUCAACAUUCAGUUGGAAGGCAUGGGUUUGUCAAUCGUUACCAGGAAACUGCAAGAGCUCGUCUACGUAACCCUUCGUGGCCUUGACGUCCAGUACAUGGAUUCUACGACGGCGCAGUCUGUCAACGUGGCCCUCAAGUGGAUCCAAGUUGACAAUCAAUUGUAUGGAGGCAUAUAUCCGAUCAUACUAUAUCCUACAUCUAUUCCGCACGCUGGGAAGGAACUCGAUGUUCAUCCCGCCCUCCAAUUGUCCGCCGUUCUCCUCAAGGACAAAGCUCAUGGCGUGCUUUUUGUGCAAUAUGCUUCAAUUUUGUUACAAUCCAUGGCUAUUGAAUUGGACGAAGACUUCCUCUAUGCUUUGAUCGAGUUUUCUAAGUUCCGAGGCGCAUCAUGGGAGUCAGAGGUACAGGACACUUUGAUUGAACAACCUGGGGAUAUCCCGGACGCCACAGAGCCCAAAGGCGGUCUUGACAUGUACUUCGAAAUCCUCCAUCUGCAGCCUGUUUCCCUAGAGCUUUCUUUUAUGCGUACUGACCGCGUGAAUGUGGAUGAAAAGCAAAGCACGAGAAAUCCGGUGGCUUUCUUCAUUAACGCACUGACCAUGGCUCUCGGAAAUGUGAACAUGGCGCCGAUUCAACUAAAUGCCCUAGUAAUUGAGAACAUGCGAUCCACGAUUCCCGUCCUUGAAGACCGCAUCGUUUAUCACUACCAAGAGGGAUUUUUCACCCAACUAUAUCGGGUGUUGGGAUCGGCCGACUUGCUUGGAAAUCCGGUUGGUUUAUUCUCAAACUUGAGCUCUGGCGUCGCAGAUAUUUUCUACGAGCCUUACCAGGGCUACGUGAUGCACGGGAAUAAAGAAAUCGGUAUUGGCAUAGCACGAGGCGCAACCAGUUUUGUGAAGAAAACUGUUUUUGGCGUCAGCGACAGUGUUACCAAGAUUACAAGCAGUAUUGGCAAGGGUCUUUCCGCUGCCACUUUCGAUUCGGAGUUCCAGAGCCGCAGACGACUCACACUAAGACGGAACAAACCCAAACAUGCUUUGUACGGCGUCACAGCUGGGGCUAGUGCUUUCGCGUCUAGCGUUGCUAGUGGCUUCGAAGGGCUGGCCCUCAGACCCAUCGAGGGUGCAGAGACGGGAGGCGCAGUUGGCUUCUUUAAAGGUAUUGGAAAGGGUCUUGUCGGUGCUGUGACUAAACCCGUUGUUGGUGUACUUGACCUUGCUUCCAACGUCAGCGAAGGCAUACGCAACACAACCACUGUCUUUGACCAGAAUGACCUCGAUCGAGUGCGACUUCCACGCUACAUUCCAUCAGAUGGGAUCUUGGUGCCGUAUUCUCAGCGCGAAGCCUUUGGCCAGUCAUGGCUGAAGGAUGUAGAGGAAGGAAGGUACUUUGAUGAGCAAUAUGUAGCUCAUAUCGAUCUACGUUCUCAAGAUGAGGCGGUGCUGAUUUCCACAGUGCGAAUCCUACAGAUCCGCAUCAGCAGACUUCGGGUCGUGUUUGACAUUCACUUGUCUGAAUUACAAACCAUCGCACUGGAGCCUUCUGGCAUUCAACUCGUCAGGCAAGGGGGCACCUCGGGUCCUUUCAUACCUUUACCGGACCAGAAGAGUCGGGAAUGGUUUUUCCGACAAAUCGAAAAGAUUGUGACGCAGUUCAAUUCGAACCGUCGUGGAUGAACACGACCGUAAUGUCUCACCUUUUGCCCUCUAUAUUCUCAAUUGUACUCUACCUCGCACGAAAUACUGACAUACUUAGAUCAUACUAUAGAACUCCAUUCCGUACUGUGCCUAUAUAAAUUUCCUAUGAAUCUUCC